UACACAAACGGCCGGUACACAAUGAUCCCCUACCCGUUCCGAAAAGAUUUUGCAGGAUCCCCUAUAAGUUUUGGAAUUUUUAAAAUUAUUUGUAAAAGACAGCCUUUUUUCUUCCUUCUUUAAUCUAUUUUUUUAAUUUUUCAAAUGUAAAUUUGUAUUUUUUCUCCUUUUAUUCGCGCGUUACAAAAAAUGAUUUAUCCAUUCUUCUUUAUUCUUUACCGAAAUUUCCCUCAUUUUUUCACAUUCGAACUUUAAAUUUUUUAUUAAAAGUUUUUUGAAAAAUAAAAUUUUUUUUAGACUUUUUAAGACUUUCCUAAAUUAUUUUUAAAAAUGAAUGAAGAAAAUAAAUUUGUAGACGUUUGUGGCGAUUUUGAUGAAGAAAAUAAAGAAAAUUGUUUUAAUACUAGACAAGCUAAAAUUAAAAUUAAAGAAGAAAAUAUUAGAACAAUUAAAGGAGAUGGAAUUGAAGAAACUUCAUCAACAUCGCAAGUUCGUAGAGGACCCUCCAGGAAAGAAAAAUCUUUGGGGAAAUUAUGUGCUCCCUUUCUUGAACGUGUAUCUUUGGAAGCUGCACAGGGGCGUGAUGUACACUUGGAAAGUGUUGCCAGAAGUAUGAACGUUGAAAAGAGACGAAUCUAUGAUAUUGUAAGGAGAAAACUUCCCUUAAACAGUUGGAUCUCCUUUAAAGAUCCUUGGGGCUGGGAACAUUGCAUUUUGAGGGAGAAUAUUUUUGGAGGGGGUAUUGUUUUAGAUAGCUCCCCCCACCAUUCAGUGGUAAACGUAAUGGAAGCCUUAGAAGUUAUGCAAAAAACAAACAAAUCGUUCUAUAAAUGGCACGGACUUGAUAGAUUGCCUGAAUUAAUGUUUGCAUUGCAAAGGGACGCCCAAAAAGGAGAAUUACCAAUAAAAAUAGCAAAAGUAGAGAAGGCAAUGUGUAGUUUUACAACAAAUUUUAAUCUCAAUUUUAAUGAAGAAAAAAUAAAAUUGAAAGAGGAGAAGCACUCAACAGAAGAAUUGCCGGAAGAGGAGGAGGAAGAUUCUGCUUUUGGACCUUUAACAAGUAGAGAUAGAUGUGGAAAGAAUUCUUUGGCUCAGUUGUGUAGAAGAUUUUUGAUGGUGUUGCUUUGUAAUCCAAAUAGAGCUGUUAGUCUGGAUGUUGUUAGCACAAUGUUAAUCAAAGAUUUGGAUUCUGAAGGUUACGAACCUCCUUCACGUUCAAGAUGUCGACGUCUAUACGACAUUGCGAACGUUCUGGCAAUGAUGAGUUUAGUUGAGAAGAAACAUCAUUUGUUUGGAACAAAGAAGAUUCCACUCUUUGUGUAUUGCGGACCUGAACCUGAUGCAGAACCUACCAACUCAGCAUUGCGCAUGAGUGAAUUCCUUUCUCGAGCUCGUACAAGAAUAGCUGUUGUUUCAAGUGUUUCUUCUUCUUCAAUUCCUUCUUCCACAUCUCAUCCUUCCAUCACUCAUCCACCAAUUCCUUCUCCAGAUGUUGUUGGAACUUCAAAUUCCCCCAAAUAUUUUAAAGAAGAGUUUAAUGAGGAGAAUAAAAAGAACAAAAAAAUAAUAAAAAAGAUGAAAAUUGAACAAGAAAGCAACAACAACAACAACACUUGUUCAAUCCCAACACUAACAUCUCCUUCAAGUGAAGACAUUGGAAUUAAAAAUUCCGUAAAACGUCGCAAAAUGAAUCGAGUAACUUGUCAACAACAGGAAGAGGAACACAGCGAAAACGAUGAAAAUUUUGUUUUGCCAAAACCGCGUCCUUUACGUCCACAACAAUUAAAUAAUGUUUAUUCUCUUCCUCAACCACAACAACAAAUAUUUUUGUUGCCUUCAAGUUUUCCUUCUUCUUCCUCUCAACAAACAUUUUAUUGUUGGCCAAUACAACAACAACAACCUCACCAAACAUUACAAAAUCAAACCCAUAUAUUUACAACACCAACAGAAUUAUUUUUAAACAAUAAUUCUCCCUCUCCUUUAAAUUACUCAUUAAUACCACUACAACAACAACAGCAAACACAACAACAAACACAAAAACAUUCGCAAAACAUUAACAAAUCUCCACCCAAAAAUCCAAUAAAUGUGCGACAUUCUGUUCAGUCAAUUUUGGGUUAUACUAUUCAAAAUCUGAACGGAAAUAAUUCUGGUCAACAACAACAACAAAUAGCCCCUCUUUCCUCAUCCAUAUCCUCAUCCCCUAGAGCAUUUAGACCUUUACACAACAAAAACAACAAGUAA